GGGGCAGAGGGGGGAAUGCCUUAUCCAGUUCUAGUUAUAGAUUCACGCUCUCGACCUACCCCGACGAACAAGGCCUCUGUCCGCCUGCUCCGUUUUAAUCAACUUAGCAUUGUAGCUGAAAAUAGCCAUGUCUUUGGAGGUAGAAUCCGCAGACGUAAUCCGUCUAAUAAUGCAGUACCUGAAAGAGAACAAUCUUCAUCGCAGCUUGGCCACGCUGCAGGAGGAAACCACCGUGUCGCUCAACACGGUGGAUAGCAUAGAGAGCUUUGUGGCUGACAUUAACAGCGGCCACUGGGACACUGUGCUACAAGCCAUCCAGUCUCUCAAGCUGCCCGAUAAGACCCUUAUAGACCUCUACGAACAGGUGGUGUUGGAAUUGAUCGAGCUUAGAGAGCUGGGCGCUGCCCGUUCUCUUCUCAGACAAACAGACCCCAUGAUCAUGUUGAAGCAGACCCAGCCUGAGCGGUACAUACACUUGGAGAACCUGUUGGCUCGCUCCUACUUUGAUCCAAGAGAGGCAUAUCCAGAUGGGAGCAGUAAAGAGAAGAGGAGAGCAGCCAUUGCUCAGGCCUUGGCCGGAGAGGUCAGUGUGGUGCCACCAUCACGUCUGCUGGCUCUGCUGGCACAGUCUCUAAAGUGGCAGCAGCACCAAGGCCUGCUGCCUCCAGGGAUGACCAUUGAUUUGUUCAGAGGAAAAGCAGCAGUUAAAGAUGUGGAAGAUGAACGUUUCCCUACACAGCUCAGCCGACAGAUUAAGUUUGGCCAAAAAUCCCAUGUAGAGUGCUCACGAUUCUCUCCCGAUGGACAGUAUCUGGUCACUGGUUCUGUGGAUGGCUUUAUUGAAGUCUGGAACUUCACUACAGGGAAAAUCCGAAAGGAUUUGAAGUAUCAAGCCCAGGAUAACUUCAUGAUGAUGGAUGAUGCAGUGCUUUGCAUGUGUUUCAGCCGAGACACAGAGAUGCUAGCCACUGGAGCCCAGGACGGGAAGAUCAAGGUAUGGAAGAUUCAGAGUGGCCAGUGCCUGAGGCGCUUUGAGCGUGCUCACAGUAAAGGCGUGACAUGUGUGAGCUUCUGCAAAGACAGCACUCAGCUCCUCAGUGCUUCUUUUGACCAGACCAUCAGAAUCCAUGGUUUAAAGUCAGGAAAAACACUGAAGGAGUUCCGUGGCCACAGUUCUUUUGUAAAUGAGGCAUCCUUUAGUCCCGAUGGACACCAUGUCAUCAGUGCGUCCUCUGAUGGUACGGUCAAGGUAUGGAAUGUGAAGACUACAGAAUGCACCAACACCUUCAAACCUUUGGGCACAUCGGCUGGCACAGACAUCACAGUUAACAAUGUGAUUCUGCUGCCUAAGAACCCAGAGCACUUUGUGGUGUGUAAUCGCUCCAAUACAGUGGUCAUUAUGAACAUGCAAGGACAGAUCGUAAGGAGUUUUAGCUCUGGUAAAAGAGAAGGUGGAGACUUUGUGUGCUGCACCCUGUCGCCCAGAGGAGAGUGGAUCUACUGUGUGGGAGAGGACUUUGUGCUGUACUGCUUCAGCACGCUCACUGGCAAACUGGAGAGAACCCUGACUGUCCAUGAGAAAGAUGUGAUUGGCAUUGCGCACCAUCCUCACCAGAACCUCAUUGCUACCUACAGCGAAGAUGGUCUGCUCAAACUGUGGAAGCCUUAGUGUCAUUUUACAUACAUUCAAAAUGGUACACAUUUAGGGGUAGGGCUGCAAGAUUAAUUAUAAUCAAAUCACAUUUUUAAUGGACACAGUUAGCUAACUGCAAAGAAGUAACAUCAUUUCCUUCACAAACAACAAAAUAUCCUGUCUUAUUCUGCAUAAAAACUGCUAACCUUGUAGUUUAGAUCUCUGCUAACAUGUUCUGAAAUGUGAUUCCUGUAUUAGUUAGUUCAUUUUAAAGUUCAGUCUUUUGCCAAUUCUGCUGAACACGAAUUGUGAAGUUUUUCCCAAAUCGUGCAGUCCUAUUCAAAAUGGGUUUCCUGAUGUACAGUGGAUGUCUCUGUUUUCAGUUUUGCUUGUUUUUUUAUUUCACUGAGAUGUUCAAAAUGUGCUUGUCUAGAUCAUUUAAACAUUUUUUACUUGCUUUGUUAUUUUUGCAUUUGGCCUGGUCAAAACACAAAUAAUUUACAUGUAAGUCUUGAAUAAAAAAAUAAAAAAUAGAAAUCAACAA